AAUUCAUUUUCUCAGUAGCUCAAAGCAGAAGGGAUGGAGAGAGAAGAGGAAGGAAACCCUAACUCUAAAAUAGCCACAAAUGAUCUGCUGCAUAUAAAAGGGAAGCCAGAGAAGAUGCCUCAGAAGAUGAGAAGCACAGCUGUCACCAUGAAGACACUCGUACUCCUCACCCUGAUGUGCAUCCUGCAUGUCAGCAUGUCCGCAGUCAGCCAAGGCAUCUUGUUUAAUGAAGGAUGCUGUAUAAACCGCUCAAAAACAGCUAUCCCGUGGGAAAGAGUGCAGCAUGUGGAAAGAACACCAAAUGGCUGCAAACGCAAAGCAGUUGUAGUCACAACGGUGUGUGGUAAAAAGUUUUGCAUCGAGGCCAACUGGAAGUGGGCAAGAACACUGCUGACAGAAUUUGAGAGAUUGUCUGCCAACAAGACAUUGGUCCCGCCCCCUUUCAAUCAGACCAGGUGUAGAAGGGAUGUUCAAGUCGUGGGAGGAGGAAGUCAUCGUCCAGUCAUCAUGUGAAAUAAUAACAUCUAUUUCAUACACUUUGUACAUUAAAGAUGCAAUCCAAGGUAGAUUAAUAUAAGCUAAGCAAAAGGUGUCCAAACCUUUUCCACCAAGGACCACAUACUGAAAAAUGAAAGGAUGCCAAGAAGUUAUAUGUAUAUUUCAAGAAU